GAGUCGGCAAGUAGUAAGAUUAUAUAAGAAACAAUGAUUUUCAAUAUAGAACGCAAAUUGACCGCCAAACCCAAAGAAAGCCCGAUUUUGCAAAUUACGAUACCACGACGACCCCUACAAAUGUAUUGGGAGUAAAGGAGUAGUAGAAACAUUGAAGUCAUUCGUUGAACAUUUGAGGACCCGAAGCUCCGAUAAUUCUGUGAAUGAGUUUCGGAAUUGUAUUGGCCAUGGAAGAAGAAACCUCAACAAUUUUCAUAUAACCACAUGUUUUCACGCCAACCCUACUUCUUCCUCCACCGACCAUGUCUUUGCAACUCCCAACUUUCUUCUCAUCCUGAAUCACAAUAGCGUCAAUGCAUUUCUGCCGUUUGCUUUUCUUUACGGGGGGUUUCUCUGCUCUUCCCGGUUUCGUGGGGGCACUAAACCGAGAUUUCCAAUUGAGGUUUGGACCUUCUUGUUGUAGGUUGUACAGCAUCUCCAGCAGUACUUUCGACUUCACAGACUUGACAUGUCCCCAUUCAUGGUAUCCAAAGGCACGAAAGAAACAUCGCAAAAUUUUUCUGCACAUGGGUCCCACAAAUAGUGGCAAAACUCACAAUGCUUUGAAGAGGCUCGAAUCAAGUGAUUCUGGUGUAUAUUGUGGUCCCCUGAGAUUAUUGGCCUGGGAAGUCGCUAAGCGAUUGAAUAAGGCUAGAAUUCCCUGCGAUCUGAUCACAGGACAAGAGAGAGAGGAAGUUGAGGGUGCAACACAUAAGGCUGUGACAGUUGAGAUGGCCGAUGUAACUGCCAACUACAGUUGUGCUGUUAUCGACGAAAUUCAGAUGUUGGGCUGUAAGACGAGAGGUUAUUCUUUUACACGUGCCCUACUUGGACUCUGUGCUGAUGAAGUUCAUCUUUGUGGGGAUGCAGCUGUUGUACCCCUUAUUCAGGAAAUUCUUAAAGUAACUGGUGAUGACAUUGAGGUGCAGUACUAUGAGAGACUUUCACCUCUGAUUCCAUUGAACAUUCCACUUGGACCCUAUUCUAAUAUUAGGAAGGGUGAUUGCAUUGUCACCUUUUCACGUCGUAGAAUAUUUGGUUAUAAGAAAGAAAUAGAAAGACAAGGUGGACAUCUUUGCUCUAUAGUUUAUGGCUCACUACCACCAGAAACUCGAACAAGGCAGGCAAUGAUGUUCAAUGAUACAACGAGCGAGUUUGAUGUGCUGGUGGCUAGCGAUGCCAUUGGGAUGGGUCUUAAUUUGAACAUCUCGAGGAUCAUAUUUUCAACUAUGAAGAAAUUUGAUGGUUCUGAGAUGCGGGAGCUUACUGUACCAGAGGUCAAACAGAUUGCAGGUAGAGCUGGCAGGUAUGGAUCCAAAUUUCCUAUUGGUGAAGUAACUUGUAUAAGUGGAGACGAUUUACCCUUACUUCAUUCAUCACUUAAGUCCGCUUCUCCCACUAUAGAGAGAGCUGGGCUAUUUCCAACUUUUGAACUCAUGUAUUUAUAUUCCCGUUUGCAUCCUGAAUAUGGCCUGCGGCGGAUACUGGAGCACUUUGUUGAGAAUGCUAAAUUAUCUGAAAAUUAUUUCAUCGUUGACUGUGAAGUAAUGUUGAAAGUUGCUGCCGUCCUUGAUGAGAUGCCUCUCAGUUUGCAUGAGAAGUACCUUUUCUGUAUCAGCCCUGCGGACAUGGAUGAUGAAAUUACCUCCCAAGGUCUUACACAGUUUGCUCAAAAUUAUGCGAAUAAAGGCAUUGUUCGGCUACGAGAAAUAUUCAAAGAAGGAACGCUUAAAGUGCCAGAAACACCAGCUGCGCUGGUGGAACUGGAAUCCAUUCACAAGGUGUUGGAUCUCUAUGUUUGGUUGAGUUUCCGACUGGAGGAAUCAUUCCCCGACCGUGAACUGGCAGUUUCACAGAAGUCAUUCUGCAGCAUGUUAAUCGAGGAGUUUUUGGGAAGACUUGGAAUGCAAAUACCAACAAGAAGGAAAUUUAAGUCGAAUAUCCUCCGCUCAAGGUCCCUAAACUCCCCCCAAUCCUUUUUUGCUAAAUGACGUCUCUAAGACACUAAUUACGUAAUAGUAGCUUGAAAAGCUUAUAUGUAUUUACAUAGGAAAGAGCCUCAUCAAGCAAAAAGACUGCUGCUUUCUACAUUUUGACCCUUCCAAUUAGACAUAGGUUAUCUUAUUUAGUUACACGAGUGAAUCCUUUUACCAUUAGUUAAGUUCCAUUGCCGACAAACUAAAAAAAGGGAAGAUUUUUGUACUCCUUCCCAACAAUUUUUCAUUGUUUCUAUUAUAUUUUCAAUUCAUGAACGUUGAUUGUCGAAUCCAUUCAUAGUGAAUGGCUAUAGAUGAUAAUUUAAAAGUCAUAAAUGAUCUUAUAUGGUCAUGAUUUCAUUUUA